GUCGCCUUUUACAGCAAGCAUCGGUUGCUGAAGAUCUAUUCUACCCGGCUGUUCACGUGACCAUUUGUAGGAUGGAGUGAGAUACAUGUGACCAUGUGUAGGAUGGAAUGAAAUAUAUGUGAACAUGUGUAGGAUGGAUACAACGGGAGGUUGUUGUGGGAUCUAGUGAGAGACAUUGUCUUCCUCUCUGUGUGUGAAGGAUUAAUAUGUGUUCAAUCAAAUCUUCUCAAACAUUCUAAUCAUUUUCCUUACUUUGUUGUUGCUCUACCCAAAAGAAAACCGCCGUCCCUAACUUAUAGAAAAUCAAUCAAUAAGUUGUCAGUUCUUAAGUUAGCACUUGCAGAACUUCACUAUCAAUAUUAAUGUGCACGUUAAUCCCCCAACGCCUGAUAUAUUAAGCUGUUCGUUACUGUUUGCAUGUUUGUCGCUGGUCUGCCUCUGUUGGAGUAAGUAACAUCGAACAGUACCCUCAGCUAUGUACAUGUUUGUAUUUGAGGUAGUUACAGUCUACAUUAUAUGUAGCCACGCCACAUGUAAAGGCGAGGAGGUGUUCCUUACCAGGGUGGUGCCUUCCUCCCUGAGAUGUGGUUCUCUGUGUACCUACACAACUAGGUGUGGCUCCUACACCUGGGAUGCUGUCACAAGAAGCUGCCAUCUGCACACACAAGGUGACACUGGGACAGAGACGAUGCCCCUUGCAAAGUAUUGGAAAGAGUUCCAGGGGAUGGUUUGUCGCGGCCGUCCGUGUAAAGAGAACGAGGUUUGUGUGCCAGUUGAAGCAGGGACUAACUACGUGUGUGUGGCAUCAACAGCCGCCACUACCACAACCACUACUACCACACCGUCAACGACGCCAUCUGCAACCACUACCACCAACACGACUCCACAACAGACCACAACCACCAGGACUCCACCACCGACCACUACCACCACGACUCCAUCACCUCCCACUACCACCACGACUCCACCACCUCACUCCACCACCACGACUCAAUCACCUACCACUACCACCACGAUUCCACCACCUCCCGUUACCACCACGACUCCACCACCUACCACUACCACCACGACUCAACCACCUCUCGUUACCACCACGACUCCAUCACCAGCCACCACCACCACGACUCCAUCGCCUACCACAACCACACCCACGACUCUAACAACUACGACUACUACCACGACAUGUCCUGCCACUGUUAAUCAGGCAAAUGUUCCAUACACAUACGUUGGGUGUUACACCGAUGACAAGAGUCGUGUACUUCCAUACGGCUUAAUGGGGGACAGAAGAUGCCUGACAACUGAAACGUGCAAGCUUCACUGCCACGGAAUGAACUACAUUUACUUUGGAACUGAGGCAGGGCGUCAAUGCUUCUGUGGUGCUGUCAUCAAAGAUGGGUUCAUGAAGAAACCCGACAGUGAAUGCAACGUCCCAUGUCCUGGUGACAGAAGCACGAUGUGUGGAGGAGGCUGGAUGAUUUCCAUCUAUAAGAUUGUCUAGUGUACAACAGCUGUUCUAAUUGGUCUCUUGUUCCGUGUCAUGCAAGAUGUAUGCAAUCAACACUUAAACUAAUGGGUCUCAUAACUACUGCUGGCCAUGAUAAAUGGAAAUAAAUACCUACACAAUGGAAAUGUACAUCACUACGUACUGGUGUUUUAUUUUAUUAUCCCUUCACAUUUCUGAAUAAAAAUUGUGACCUCA